AUCAGUAAUAGAAACAAACCAAAUUUCAUGCACUUAUUUUUAUUAAGGAAAUUUCUAUUAAAACUUUAAGCCAUUAAUAAAUAAUAAUCAUAUUUUCAAUUUCGUUCUACAAUUAAUACAACUAUGUUAUCAUUAAAUAAAAUUGCAAAAUCUCUGAUGUCAAAUUCAAGAACCUUUCAGACUUCAGUUAUUCUUAAACAUGAUUCUCUAUUCAAUCACAGAGAUUCUAAAGAUAACAAUCUUGACAUUAAAUUUGAGUUUAACGAUGAAAACAAAAAAAGAAUUGAAGCUAUACUAGCCAUAUAUCCAGAAGGUCAUAAACGAGCUGCAAUGAUACCUUUAUUAGAUUUAGCUCAAAGACAACAUGGUUGGCUGCCCAUAUCAGCUAUGCACAAAGUGGCUGAUAUUUUAAAAUUACCAAAAAUGCGUGUGUAUGAGGUCGCUACAUUUUAUACAAUGUUUAUGAGACAACCAACUGGUAAAUAUCAUGUUCAAGUAUGUACAACAACACCGUGCUGGCUGCGAGGAUCAGAUGAAGUAUUGAGUUGUCUUAAAAAGAAGUUGAAUAUUGGUGUAGGAGAAACAAGCAAGGAUGGACAAUGGACCCUCUCUGAAGUAGAAUGCUUAGGUGCAUGCGUGAAUGCUCCUAUGGUUCAAAUCAAUGAUGAUUAUUACGAGGAUUUAACUUCUAAAGAUGUAGAAGAAAUUAUUGACGAUUUGAAAAAUGGAAAAACUCCUACUCCUGGACCUAGAUCCACUAGAUUUGCUUCAGAACCUAUUAAUGAAUUAACAUCCCUUAAAGAAGAGCCUUAUGGUCCUGGUUUUAAAGUGCGUCCAGACCUUUAAAAAUGAUAUUCCUCAAAAUUUUGAUAGGCAAUAGAUUUUAAUUUUGUGAAUAAUAUAAAUAAAAUACAACUUCAUCAUUUAUACAGCUGAUUGUUAAUUAAAACCAUAUUUAUUUACAUAA